AUGCAAAGGCCUGGAAUUGGUCGCGGUAAAUUUGGAUUGGGAAGAGGGAGAGUGGGAGGUAAAGCCCGUGAAGGAACGAGGGAAGGGGAAAGGCCAGAAGAUACAGUCCGCAGGCACAGUUACUCUUGCAAAUUUUUCAGUAGGGUCAGACACCAUUUCCCUUGGGGAUGCCCAAUACAUAUUUGCAGCAUUAACAGAAAUCGGGACCCGGCAUUGUUUGGGACUCUGGGGCCAGGCAUCCCACACGCAGGGAUCCAACGAGCAUAUCCACCCAGGGCCACCUGGGGGGCGGCGGUGGGCGUGGCCCAGGCCCCGAAGUGGCCCCCGCCGGUCCCCGCGGGCGGGCAGGAGCUCGGAGGCCAUUGGCUGGCGAGCUGGCGGCGCAGGGGCGGGGAGCGCCGCCGAAGGGGACUGUUUGCUCCUACGGGCUGUAGAUGGAGCUGUCCGGCCCCGGCGAGGGGGAAGGCGCCUGGAAAACGUUCUUCUUCUCCCUGGCCGGCCCGAGCGGGGAACAGCACUCCCAGGAUGCAGUUUGUGUCAACACGGCCGCAGCCUCAGCAGCUGGGCAUCCAGGGCCUGGGGCUGGACAGCGGGAGCUGGAGCUGGGCCCAGGCUCUGCCCCCGGAGGAGGUCUGCCACCAGGAGCCGGCGCUGCGCGGGGAAAUGGCCGAGGGAAUGCCGCCCAUGCAGGCUCAAGAAUGGGACAUGGAUGCCCGGCGACCGAUGCCUUUUCAGUUCCCGCCCUUCCCAGAUAGGGCACCCGUCUUCCCUGACCGCAUGAUGAGAGAGCCCCAGCUGCCCACAGCAGAGAUCUCGCUCUGGACCGUGGUGGCCGCCAUUCAGGCCGUGGAGAGGAAGGUGGAUGCCCAGGCUAGCCAGCUGCUAAAUCUGGAGGGGCGGACGGGCACCGCCGAGAAGAAGCUGGCAGACUGCGAGAAGACGGCCGUGGAGUUUGGGAAUCACAUGGAGAGCAAGUGGGCCGUGCUGGGGACCCUGCUGCAGGAGUACGGGCUGCUGCAGAGGCGGCUGGAGAACAUGGAGAACCUGCUGAGAAAUAGGAACUUCUGGGUGCUGAGGCUGCCGCCAGGCAGCAAGGGGGAGGUCCCCAAGGUUCCGGUGACAUUUGUCGACAUCGCUGUCUACUUCUCUGAGGAUGAGUGGAAGAACUUGGACGAGUGGCAGAAGGAGCUUUACAACAACCUUGUCAAGGAGAACUACAAAACCCUGGUGUCCCUGGACGCGGAGGGCGCAGUGCCCAAGCCGGAUGCGCCAUCCCAGGCGGAGCCCAGGGAAGAGCCUUGCGUGUGGGAGCAGCGUGACCCAGAAGAGCGAGAAAUCUUAAUGGAUCCAGACACAGGAGCGGAGCCCCUGGUGCCUGCACAGGAUUCGUCCUCUCAGGUAAAGCGGGAGGAAGCCCUAUGUGUCCGGGGCCAGCGGGGCCUGGAGGAAAGAGCCGUCCCCACGGAGUCUGUUACUGACUCACCAGCCUCCGCCCAGGACCUCUUGUCCCGGAUUAAACAGGAGGAGCACCCGUGCGUAUGGGAUCAGCAGGAUCUGGCAGAGAGAGAUAUUCCAACGGACCCCAAUUCAGAGUCUCUGAUCUCAGCACAUGACAUUCUGUCGUGGAUCAAACAGGAGGAGCAGCCAUACCCGUGGGGCCCACGUGACUCCAUGGAAGGAGAGCUCGGAUUAGACUCUGGCCCCAGUGACAGCCUGCUGCUGGUGAAGAACCCGCCCCCCGCCCCGCAGCAGCCGCAGCAGCCGCAGCCGCAGCCGGCUCCGCCGAGCCUGGCGGUGCUCCCGGCGGCCGAGACGGGGGCGGGCGGCGGGCCCCCGGACGACGGCUUCCCCGCGCUGGCCGGGGAGCGGGGCGCGGGCGGGGCGCAGGGGGGCGGCGGGGGCGCGGGCGGGGGGCCCGGGGGCGGCGGCGGCUGCGGCAGCUGCUGCCCGGGCGGGCUGCGGCGGAGCCUGCUCCUGCACGGCGCGCGCAGCAAGCCCUACUCGUGCCCCGAGUGCGGCAAGAGUUUCGGGGUACGCAAGAGCCUCAUCAUCCACCACCGCAGCCACACCAAGGAGCGGCCGUACGAGUGCGCCGAGUGCGAGAAGAGCUUCAACUGCCACUCGGGCCUCAUCCGCCACCAGAUGACGCACCGCGGCGAGCGGCCCUACAAGUGCUCCGAGUGCGAGAAGACCUACAGCCGCAAGGAGCACCUGCAGAACCACCAGCGGCUGCACACGGGCGAGCGGCCGUUCCAGUGCGCGCUCUGCGGCAAGAGCUUCAUCCGCAAGCAGAACCUGCUCAAGCACCAGCGCAUCCACACGGGCGAGCGGCCCUACACGUGCGGCGAGUGCGGCAAGAGCUUCCGCUACAAGGAGUCGCUCAAGGACCACCUGCGCGUGCACAGUGGCGGCCCGGGGCUCGGUGCCCCUCGGCCUCUCCAGGCGCCACCAGAGCACGACUAGGGCUGGGCUGGGGGAGGGGAGGGCCCGGCGGCAGGAGCAGGGGGUGGGGAGCGGCCCCGGGCUGGGGGCGCGUCCGGAACACCCCCCCCCCCCCAACCCGAUCCUGCCCGUGGUUCGUGGUUCUCGGCGCGCCUUCCCUCCCUCCACCUGCCGCCCGCUGGAAAUUGGGAAGAGGAAUUGCACUCCAGACAGGGUCCUGGGGGGGGGGGGGGG